AUGGCUGAAUCAGAUAAAGUUCACUUUUUUGAUAUGCGGUGCAUUAAUGGAGAAGCAUGGUUCAUAAAUAGAUGGGAGAGUCUAUCUGUUCUCAACUACAAGUGUCUCCCUUACACAAUGGAAUGGAUCACUUAUCUAAGACAACAGCGGAAAACCAGACUGACUGACAUGGAUGAUAGCUGGAAUGACAUGAGAUUCGAUGGUCCACAUACCGUCCCGGCCAUUGACCUUCCCGAUGGACAGGGCUUGGUCACAGAUUCUCGUGUCAUUGCCGAUGAGCUGGAACGCCUCUAUUCAGAACCAAGCCUGCAUCGCCAAUCCCCUUGUCUUGCCCUGGUUGAAGAGGCAUUCUUCGUGCUACUCUCAGCAUGGAGCGGCGUCUGGUUGCCCGAAUUGUCAAGCAAGGUUAUGAAGCCAGACGUUACUGCUGAUUGGCGCGCACACAGAGGAAGUGUCAGUGUGCAUUAA